UGUGCCUUUGGCUAUUUCCUCCACCCCAUCCGAACCAUCACAGAGACACACUACAGAUGCCAAAGCAAGCGCCAGCCAUUGGGAUCGACCUAGGGACGACCUACUCGUGUGUGGGGGUGUUCCAACACGGCAAGGUGGAGAUCAUCGCCAACGACCAGGGCAACAGGACCACGCCCAGCUACGUGGCCUUCACCGACACGGAGCGUCUGGUGGGGGACGCCGCCAAGAACCAGGUGGCCAUGAACCCCACCAACACCAUCUACGACGCCAAACGUCUCAUCGGCCGCAAGUUCACGGAUAAAACGGUGCAGGGUGACAUGAAACUUUGGCCUUUCAAGGUCGUGGAGUCUGAAGGUCGGCCGAAGAUUGAAGCGGAAUACAAAGGCGAGAGGAAGCUCUUCGCUCCGGAGGAGAUCAGCUCGAUGGUGCUGACCAAGAUGAGGGAGACGGCCGAGGCGUUCCUGGGGCAGCGAGUGUCGGAUGCCGUCAUCACGGUGCCGGCCUAUUUCAACGACUCACAGAGGCAGGCGACCAAGGACGCUGGCGCCAUUGCCGGUCUGAACGUGCUGAGGAUCAUCAACGAACCAACCGCGGCAGCGCUGGCGUUUGGGCUCGACAAGGGCAUGAAAGGGGAGAGAAAUGUCUUAAUCUUCGACCUGGGUGGCGGCACUUUUGAUGUCAGCAUUUUAACCAUCGACGAGGGCUCGUUGUUUGAGGUGAAAGCGACAUCAGGCGACACCCACCUGGGAGGGGAGGACUUUGACAGCCGUCUGGUCAGCCAUUUUGUGGAGGAGUUUAAGAGGAAGCACAACAAGGACACGAGCGGCAGCGCCAGAGCCAUCCGCCGUCUGCGGACAUCCUGCGAGCGCGCCAAAAGAACUCUGUCUAACAGCACUGAAGCCUCCAUCGAAGUCGAUUCUCUCUUUGAAGGAAUCGACUUCUACACAAAAAUAUCGCGAGCCAGAUUCGAAGAGCUGUGUAUCGAUCUAUUCCGAUCAACGAUCCAGCCGGUGGAGACGGCCCUAAAAGACGCCAAGCUGGACAAAAGCAAGAUCCACGAGGUGGUGCUGGUGGGAGGCUCCACCAGGAUCCCCAAGGUGCAGAAACUUCUCUCGGAUUUCUUCAACGACAAGGAGCUCAACAAGUCCAUCAACCCGGACGAGGCCGUGGCCUACGGGGCGGCCGUCGAGGCGGCCGUGCUGACUGGCGACCAGAGCCAGGCCAUCAGGGACGUUCUCCUGGUGGACGUGGCGCCCCUCUCCCUGGGGAUCGAGACCCACGGCUCAGUCAUGUCCGUGCUGGUCAAGCGAGGCACAACGAUCCCCACUAAAACGUCAAAGCUCUUCUCGACCUACACAGACAACCAACGCGGCGUUAAUAUCAUGGUCUUCGAGGGCGAGCGCUCAAUGACCAAAGACAACAACCUUUUGGGGACGUUUAAGCUGAAGGGGAUUCCCCCCGCGCCCCGGGGGGUGCCUCAGAUCGAGGUGACGUUUGAUAUCGACGCCGAUGGCAUCCUGAACGUGACCGCCCUGGACAAGACCACGGGCAAGUCUAACAACAUCAAGAUCAAGAACGAGAGGGGGAGGCUGACGCAGGCGCAGAUCGACAAAAUGGUGGCCGAUGCUGAACGCUACAAGGCCGAGGACGAGAAACAACGCGAUCGGGUCGAGGCCAAAAACCGCUUUGAGAAUUAUAUUUUUAGUGUCAAGCAAGCUGUGGAAACUGUGGGGGAGAAACUGUCAAAAUCGGAUCGCAACACGGCCUUGACCGCAUGUAAGGACGCCCUGGAUUGGAUGAACGCCAACACGCUGGUCGAGAAAGAGGAGUUUGAAGACAGGCUCAAGCACCUGCAGAAGAUCUGCUCACCCAUCAUGACCAAGCUCCACCCGUGCUCAUAGAGUGGUUGCUCAAAGCAAGGCGGGCCCACGGUAGAAGAGGUGGAUUGAUGGAUCACACGAUACGUCAUUUAGCCGUCCACACAAUACGUUUAGCCGUCCAUACAAUACGUCAUUUAGCCGUCCAUACACCACUCCGCACAAUACGUUUAGCCGUCCAUACAUCACGUCAAUUUAGCGUUUCAUAGAACCCGUCAUUUUGGCCGUCCAUAUACAAAUGUCAUUUUAGCCGUCCAUAUACAAAUGUCAUCUAAGCCGUCCAUACAUCACAUUUUAGCCGUCCACACACACAUUAAGCCGUCCACAUACCACAUUUAGCCGUCCAUACACCACAGUUAGCCGUCCACACACACAUUUAGCCGUCAAUACACCACAGUUAGCCGUCCACACACCACAUUUAGCCGUAUAUACACCACAGUUAGCCGUCCACACACGACAUUUAGCCGUCCACACACCACAUUUAGCCGUCCAUACACCACAGUUAGCCGUCAACACACCACAUUUAGCCGUCCAUACACCACAUUUAGCUGUCCACACACGACAUUUAGCCGUCCAUACACCACAUUUAGCUGUCCACACACGACAUUUAGCCCUCCAUACACCACAUUUAGCUGUCCACACACCACAUUUAGGCGUCCAUACACCACAUUUAGCCGUCCACACACCACAAUUAGCCGUCCACACACCACAGUUAGCCGUCCACACACCACAUUUAGCCGUCCAUACACCACAGUUAGCCGUCCACACACACAUUUAGCCGUCCACACACACAUUUAGCCGUCCAUACACCACAGUUAGCCGUCCAUACACCACAGUUAGCCGUCCAUACACCACAGUUAGCCGUCCAUACACCACAGUUAGCCGUCAAGACACCACAUUAGCCUACAAUAGUUGAGCGAUACUUAGGCCUACAGCUACAAUAAAAAAAAUGUUCAUACACAUUAAUUACCAUCAAAUCUAGAAUGAACAACUUGAUUCAUCUACUGAACGCUAAAAAGAAAGC